CUCUUUCUCUCUCUCUCUCUCUCUCUCUCUCUCUCUCUCUCUGCUUUCUGCUUCGUGAUAUGGCUGCUGAGGUCACCUCUCUCGUACAGAUACUAAGUAGGUACAAGGAAGAUCGCAAGGCGGUAAGGAGUUCAGCCGGACCGAGAUCGACGGUGGCGCUCAUGACUCGAGAUCUCCUCGGAAGCGGCGGUUGCGGCGGAGACGAUCAGACGCUGGAGCUUGACCUUGACCUCCAUGUCCCCAACGGCUGGGAAAAGCGUCUCGACCUCAAAUCAGGGAAAGUGUAUAUGCAACAAUGCAAUUCAACGAGCUCGUCCACAUCGACUCAUCAUCAUCACGCAGACCAACCAAACCACACAGUCCCGAGAUUUCAAGAUUUGAAUUUCCCGCCGAUAUUUCCCGGUAAAUCUCCGGCGAAACCAUUGUUAAGCCUCUUCGACGACACAAGCACAGAGCUGAAGCUAGUCUCGUCUUCUUCUUCAUCGUCUUCAUCUUCUUCUUCUUCAUCAAACCCGUCUCUCUCGUAUCUAUCUGUAUCAUCGGCGAAUUCUAAUUUCCAGAGUGUUUGCACACUCGACAAGGUGAAAUCGGCUUUGGAGAGGGCCGAGAAAGAUUCAUCCGCGAUGAUCAAGAAACGCCGAUCUCCAGACGACGGCGUUUGCGAUCGAAACGCUUCAGCCGCUGCGUCUCCGGUGGCGGCUGGAUGUCCAGGAUGCUUAUCGUACGUGCUGGUGAUGAAGAACAAUCCGAAAUGCCCGAGGUGUCUUUCCAUUGUUUCCUUGCCUGCCAUCAAGAAGCCUAAGAUUGAUCUCAACAUUUCCAUUUGAAAAACUCUCGGAUAUAUAGUUUAAUCUUUUUAUUUUCUUGGCUCGACUUUCUGUAAAUGAUACUAGAUAAAUCAGGAGUUUAAUUGUAAGGAUAGAAAAGGAGAUUGAAUGCGAGAAGGAAGAGAUGGGUGUUUUAUUUAAAAGAUC